AUGUCUUCCAUCGCAGAGAUCCAAGCAGAGCGACAGACGUACCAGGAACAACUGGACCUUGUUCUUGGCCAGAUCCGCGAUGAUCCCGACAAUGUUGAGCUCAAGGCUCUCCAUAACGAGCUGAAGGAAUUCGUUGAUCUUCUCGACGAAAAUAUCGCCGAGUUGAAAUCGAAGCAGGCUCCUAAACCCGAAGUAAAACCAGCCGCGCCACCUCCUGAGCCAGCCAAGUGGUCCAAAGAGAACCACCCAGCCUUCAAGAAGGCGGCACCACCGGUCGAGGAAAAGGAAGAAGCCCCUGUCAACUACCAAGUAAAUGAUACCGUUCUGGCAAAGUGGAUUUCAGGCGACAAGGCCUUCUACCCAGCGCGCAUCACGUCCAUCACUGGAUCAUCCACCGAUCCCAUCUACAUUGUCAAGUUCAAGACCUACGACACUACGGACACUCUCAGGUCGAGAGAUAUUCGCCCAAUUUCUAACAAGCGGAAGGCCGAUGCUCCCCCUUCGACAUCUGCUGCCCCAGUGGCUACAACGCCGGCUCCUGGCGUCGUCAGCUCGGCUGGGGCUACCAUGUAUCCAGAGGCGCAGAAGGAGUCUGAAGCAGAAAAGGAUGCUGCCAAGGCACCCAAGCCCAAGAAGAUCAAAGCCACAAAGGAAUUAGAAGCUGGCAAGUCAAAAUGGCAAGAUUUCAAUGCCAAAUCAAAGUUUGGCAAAUCUAACAAGAAGGACUCCAUGUUUCGCACACCCGAGGGAAUCCACGGACGAGUUGGCUUCACUGGCUCUGGCAAAGCAAUGAGAAAGGACCCUACCCGUAGUCGUCAUGUCUACCAGGUUAAUGAAGAGCUCGAUUAA